UCUGCAGAUGACUUCGUCAACCAUUUUGAAAAGAAGGUCGACGACAUCCGAUCCUCGUUUGCUAAGUCAAACGACACCGCUGGUUCUGCUCACACUGCCCUACCCUGUGCUCUGACCGCUUUCUCCCCUCUCUCUCCAGAUGAAAUCUCGCGUCUUGUGACGGCCGGCCGCCCAACAACCUGCCCGCUUGACCCUAUCCCCUCCUCUCUUCUCCAGACCAUUUCCGGAGACCUUCUCCCUUACCUCACCUCGCUCAUCAACUCAUCCCUGACCGCUGGCUACGUCCCUUCCGUCUUCAAGAGAGCGAGAGUUGCACCCCUUCUGAAAAAACCUACACUCGAUCCCUCCGAUGUCAACAACUACAGACCAGUAUCCCUUCUUUCUUUUCUCUCCAAAACUCUUGAACGUGCCGUCCUUGGCCAGCUCUCCCGCUAUCUCUCUCAGAAUGACCUUCUUGAUCCAAAUCAAUCGGAAGAGCAGAGCGUUGGGCUCAGUCCGGCUCCCACGCCGAAGAGUUCCUGGGGUGACACUAUCUUUUCCUUCCUUUACCUUGGGAAUACCUCUGGAUUUACCCCCCAUCUUCUCAUCCCACGGAUUUGGUGGUUUUCCCGCCCCUGGCCUCGCCUCCUGCCCGCCCUCGGAUCAGCGCUCGGGUGAAAAGGGCACCAUCAGACGGGUGAUCGCUGGCCCUGGUGCUAUACUACGAUACCUUCAUCCUGACCUGCCCACUCGCCUGCCCUCGACCCCUCACCUCCCUGUAACCAUGACGACCAAAACAACCAAUGUCCUGGACGGGAACAAGGUCUCCUCCUCCCCUCUCCUGUUGUCCACAUCAUCCCCGUCCUACCUGUCUUGCCAGCGCCUCGUGACCAAGGACGGUCACUGCGCCCUGCGGUCCUCCCCUCCCUCCCCUGGCCUGUGGCCCUCCUGGGCAUCUGCCUCUGCCUGGCUGCUAGCCCUGCAGGACCUGUGGGGGGCAGUGGUGUGCCUGCGCUGGCGCUGGGUCCUCUUGGCCUUCUGCACCUCCUUCGUGGCCCACUGGCUGCUUUUCGCCUGCCUGUGGUACCUACUGGCCCACCUCAAUGGAGACCUGGCGGUGGAGGACCACGACGCUCCUCCAGAGGGACACGUAGUGUGUGUCAAAUACAUCACCAGCUUCACCGCAGCCUUCUCUUUCUCCCUGGAGACCCAGCUGACCAUAGGGUACGGCACCAUGUUCCCCAGUGGGGACUGUCCCAGUGCUAUAGCCCUGCUGGCAGUUCAGAUGCUGCUGGGGCUCAUGCUGGAAGCUUUCAUCACAGGUGCGUUUGUGGCUAAGAUCGCCCGUCCCCAGAAGCGUGCGGGGGCCAUUCAGUUCAGCCCCCAGGCGUUGGUAGGUCAGCACCAGGGCCAGCCCUGCCUCAUGUUCCGUGCCACCAACCUUCUGCGACGCCCCCUGGUGGACGUGGAGGUCAGUGCCGUGCUGUACGAACAGAGAGACAACCAAGUCCUGCACCAGACCAACCUGGACUUCCAGCUGGACCGGCUGGGCCCACGCCCCUGCCCCUUCUUCAUCUUCCCCCUCACCUUCUACCACGUCCUGGACCGUCACAGCCCCCUUUACCCGGCCCUGCGUGAGGGCAGCGCCAGCCAUUUUGAGCUAGUGGUGUUUCUCUCCGCCUCCCAGGAGGGCACGGGUGACGCCUGCCAGAAGAGGACGUCCUACCUGCGCCAGGAGAUCCAGUUUGAGCGGCGCUUUGUGCCCGCUGUGGGGUUGGACAAGCAAGGCAGGUACCAGGUGAGCAGUCAGCACUUUGGCAUUGCCCACUGCAAUGAGCCUCUGGACAAGGAGUGUGUGGUGCAGAUCAACGGGGAUGGGAGUGACAGGAUGGAGUAAGGGUGGGGAAAGAGGAGGGUGGAAGGGAAGGAUGGGCAGGAAGAAAGGGAGAAUGAGGUAUGGGAGAAGGGGAAGAGGGUAAUAGGGACAGAGAGCAACGUGGGAUGGGUGGGUUCCGGAGUUUAGAAUAUCUAUAUAUAUAGUACCAGUCAAAGGUUUGGGCACACUUACUCAUUCAAGGGUUUUUCUUAAUUUGUACUAUUUUCUAUAUUGUAGAAUAAUAGUGAAGACAUCAAAACUAUGAAAUAACACACGGAAUCAAAAUAUAUUUUAUAUUUGAGAUUCUUCAAAGUAGCCACCCUUUGCCUUGAUGACAGCUUUUCACAGUCUUGGCAAAGAGAAAUUACAGUGCAUCAUUACAUUAAGACAAGUCAAUUCUGAAAAUGUCAAGAACUGUGAAGGUUUCAUCAAGUGCAGUCGCAAAAACCAUCAAGCGCUAUGAUGAAACUGACUCUCAUGAGGACCGCCACAGGAAAGGAAGACCCAGAGUUACCUCUGCUGCAGAGAAUACAUUCAUUAGAGUUAACAGCCUCAGAAAUUGCAGCACAAAUAAAUGCUUCACAAGUUUCAAGUAACAGACACAUCUCCAGAUCAACUGUUGAGAGGAGACUGUGUGAAUCAGGCCUUCAUGGUCGAAUUGCUGCAAAGAAACCACGACUAAAGGACACCAAUAAUAAGAAGAGACAUGCUUGGGCCAAGAAAUACGAUCAAUGGACAUUAGACCGGUGGAAAUCUGUCCAAAUUUCAGAUUUUUUGUUCCAACCGCUGUGUCUUUGUGAGAUGCAGGUGAACGGAUGAUCUCCACAUGUGAGGUGUGAUGGUGUGGGGGUGCUUUGCUGGUGACAGAGUCUGAGAUUCAUUUAGAAUUCAAGGCACACUUAACUAGCAUGGCCACUGCAGCAUUCUGCAGCGAUACGCCAUCCCAUCUGGUUUGCGCUUAGUGGGACUAUCAUUUGUUUUUCAACAGGAAAAUGACCCAAAACACCUACAGGCUGUGUAAAGGAUAUUUGACUAAGAAGGAGAGUGAUGGAGUGGUGCAUCAGAUGACCUGCCUUCUACAAUCACUCAACCUCAACCCAAUUGAGAUGGUUUGGGAUGAGUUGGACAGCAGACUGAAGGAAAAGCAGCCAACAAAGUGCUCAGCCUGUAUGGGAACUCCUUCAAGACAGUCUGAAAAGCAUUCCAAGUGAAGCUGGUUGAGAGAAUGCCAAGAAUGUGAAAAGCUGUCAUCAAUGCAAAGGGUGGGUACUUUGAAUAAUUUAAAAUAUAAAAUAUAUUUUGAUUUGUUUAAACACCUUUUUGGUGACAACAUGAUCCAUAUGUGUUAUUUCAUAGUUUUGAGUUCUUCCCUAUUGUUCUACAAUGUAGAAAUGUGUAAGAAAUUAAGAAAAACCCUUCAAUGGGUAGGUGUGUCCAAACUUUUAAUUGGUACUGUAUAGUAACACAGGGAUAGAGAUAGGGCUGGAAAAUUGUGGGUUAGGGGCAAAAUGGGAGGGACAGGUUUCUAUGGCUCUGCUACCUGGUUAAGCAACCAUCCAUAUCAAAGGGCAUUUAUCCAGUCGAUUGAAGAUCACUAAAUUGUAGAGCAUGUUCUAGUUACCUGUGAUCUCUAGAACCAACAGGCACAUUCACUGCCAUGAAGGAUGAUAUUCCACAAUCAAUAACACCGUGCUGCUAUGGAAUACACUCUGGCUACAUUUACACAGAGCUUAUCUGAUUGGACAAAAUCCCAACUUGUGAUAAAAUAUAUAUAUAGUUUGGACACACCUACACAUUCAAUGGUAUUUCUUUAUUUUUACAAUUUUCUACAUUGUAAAAUAAUAGUGAAAAUAUUUUAUUUUAGAUUUGAGUGUGCAAAGCUUUCAUCAAGGCAAAGGGAGGCUACUUUGAAGAUUCUCAAAUGUAAAAUGUAUUUUGAUUUGUUUAACACUUUUUUGGUUACUACAGGAUUCCAAAUGUGUUAUUUCAUAGUUUUGAUGUCUUCACUAUUACUCUACAAUGUAGAAUUCAAACCUUUGAAUGAGUAAGUGUGUCCAAUCUUUUGACUGGUACAGUAUAUAUAUCAGAAUUUGACUGUCUGUGUAAACGCAGCCUCUGUAGUCUAGAGGAGCCUACUUUGAAAGGUGACAACUCAAUGUCUUCAAUCAUUUUAAACUGAGGUAUAUAAUAUUGAACUGUCAGAAAUUUCAGUCAUGCAUUAGAAAAUAUCAGUUGAUUUAACUGAAAAUAUAUUAGAUUACUGCCUUAAAUGUUUAUAAAAAGUCUUCACUGAAAUCAGUGUGCCUAUUUACACCAAAUAUUAGCCAAAGAUUAAAUGUAAUAAUUUGCUAUACAUUGAUUCCACAUGUUCAAUAUGUAAAAUGCUAUGACUCUAGAUUGAGCACUUUAGUGAUAGGUUACAGGUUUGGAGAACGAUGUCAGUAGAUCAUCUUUAUGUUUUCCCUUUGAAUUUCUGUAAAGACCAAAAUCACUAUUACAUCAUGCAUGUAUGCAUGAGUCAACAGCAAACCACAAAGAUUAAAAAGAAAAUGGAAAUAAUGUUAUGGGAAGCCCUGAUUUUCAGAGAUAAAAUCGUAUUGUAACAUAAUACAUGUUCCAAUGGCUUGUACAGUGUACAUUACAUGUAAUAAAAUAAUAUUUUCUGAACAAUUCAAA